UUUUACCACCCUGUACAUAAAUGUUACGAAUGAAAUAAGUAUCUAUUUAUAACAUGCGACUGAGAAGAAGAUAACUUAAUUGAACUACGUAAUGAACUCAGUUGGUAUUCAAGUCAUAAUGGACAAACACUGAAUAAGAACAUGAAAGCCAUCUCGUUUCUCUGGAAAUCAAAGAAGAACAGAAAGAAAUCGAAAAUACAGGAAACAGCAGUUGACGGGUUUGGUGCCACGCUUUGUCAAUCUAUAAAUAAGUACGACAAUACCAGUUGUGUUGAUGCUUUGACAAUCUAUGAGAACGAUACACCAACAAAUACACUGAAGUAUCGUGGGGAUGCUAUCAAUCCAAAUGUGAGCCAGAAGUCAUCAUUAAGAGAAGAUCCAAAAUUUACUACUAGAUUUAGUUUAACACACAAAAGGAAAAGGACUAUCAGUAAUAACGAAUCAAGUAUAAGUGUUCGUUUUGAGGACUUUGACUUCCUAGAUGACGAAGACUGUGGACCGUGUAGCACACUUAAUGUCGAAGAGAACAACAUAAUAAGUGAGCGUACACGAGUAAGUUUCCCGGAUCAGGACUUGAAUGCAAUAAUGAAUCCAUAUUAUGGUAAUCCAGCCUCGGCGGUUCAUUAUGGUCCACAGCAAUCGCUAACGGUAUACAAUUAUGGGGGACAAGAACAGCUAGCACCAUAUCCACAGUGGCAGUAUACCCAGGGACAAGGUAGAACACAGGCCAACAUGCAACAGUGGUUAGGAUGGCGGCAGCAAAUGAACGAUCGGUUGGCUACGCAAAGUGUUUCUCGACAGACCAUCGGAUCAACAAUUGAAGAUGGAUUCGGUGUCCCUCCUAUGAAUUCUGUUUUAAGUCAAGUAUAUCACAAGAAUGUAAUGCAAACCCCUCUCAGCAAAAAGGAUUACUUGAUGUAUGGACUGCCACGGGUUGCGUUACAAAAUCAUAAUUACUAUGGAAACAACUAUCAAUACAACAACAACGCUAAGAAAACACAAUAUAAACCCCAAUGUACUGCAGACAUCAUUAAUCACGAGGUACCCCCAACCACCAUGCACCCAUUGAACGAGGAGGAUUCCGACGAUGAGUAUUCAGGCGGUAGUGAACAGAGCCUCCAUAUAGGCAGAGCUCCAGCUGUACAGUCCCGAUUAUUUUCCAAAACUAGCAGAGCCGCAGCUCGACAACGCCGUGAGGUCCAACCUUCGGCCAUCUUUGGAAAACUAGAUGCCGAUAUAAAUGAUAGAAAACCAAUUUCACGUUCAUCAAGCAAAGUCAGUGAGCUCGCUAAAAGGUUUGAUGGCCAUCAAAGCGCCAUGCCCCGUCGAAGAGGACCUUCAACGAGCACGUGUACAUCAAAUAUUGUCCCACAAGGGCCUCCACUUCCCCCGAUAUUAAGAAGUCACCAGAUUCAACAUGAAACCAAUACAAAAGUGUCAUAUUCCGACGACGAAUCAUCAGAGGAUGAUAGCAUCAGUGACAAACGUGGACAGUCCGUAUUCCGCGGAAGGAAUUUCAAUAUUCCCACAAUUUCCUCAUCCCCCAAGCUCAGACGCCUCCCUGAACCAAACACAACCCCCGGUGAACCUGAACCAGUAUAUUUAAAACAACCAAAACGAAAUUUUGUCAUAGAGAAACCUCGUUUAGAAAAAAAAUACCCACGGAUUCCAAGUCCAAAUGCGUCUCCUCCGGCAGAGAAUGGGAAGAAUGAUGGCGAUGGUUCUAUCAAAUCACUCACAAACCCAUUUGGAUGGAUGUGAUUCUGAAAUAUAUUGGAAUAAUUUUUCGUAACAUCAGCUAAUAUUCAAAUUUUUAACAUGCUGUUGCACCAAGUCGUUCUAAUUAGAAUUGAAGUUUAUAAAAUCUGUCACCAGUCUUUGACAUACUAUAAUUGAGUCAUUUUCUCCACAAUAAGAUAUCCUCUAACCGAUCCUUCUUUAAGUCAAUGAUAAUUUUUUUGAUCCUAGUAAUGUGAAAUUUAGGAUUUCUGAUUUUUGAACGGUUCGAUAUUCUAUUUUUAAUAUUUAUUUGACAGACGCCUUAGAACCGGCGGCACACUAACAUAGGUGCGUCACAUUUAAAACAAUAAUUUGUACUAAAAACAUUUAUACAAGAAC